CCGCCCCGGAAGUCCUUCCCGGCCUUUCCUGUCGUCGCCCCUCCCCGCCCCCCCUCCCCAGCGUCGUCGUCGUCGCCGCUGAGGGAGCUCCGAGGCCUCCAUUUUCCCCGCCUGAGGCAGCGCGACCGUGAACCACAGCCAUGUCCGACUUUGUGGAAAGCGAAGCGGAAGAAUCAGAGGAGGAGUAUGACGAAGACGGGGAAGUGGUCUCGAGACCCCCCAAAAAGUUUGUGGAAGACGAAGACGAGGAGGAGGAAGAGGAGAACCUGGACGACCAGGAUGAGCAGGGGAACCUGAAAGGGUUCAUCAAUGACGACGACGAUGAGGAAGAGGAGGAGGAGGAAGAGGCCAGCGAUUCCGGAGACUCGGAGGACGACGUUGGCCGGAAGAAGAGGAAGCGCAGGGAAGCUCUUGAGCGCCAACCAGUUUAUUCUCCCUCCCCCCCCCCCGCCCUCCUUCCCCAGGAGAGUUCCGAUUACUUGGACCGCGGCCAGAGCAGCAGCAGCUUCAGCCGGAAGGGGCCCAGCACCAUCCAGAAGAUCAAGGAAGCCCUCAACUUCAUGAGGAACCAACAUUUUGAGGUGCCCUUCAUCGCCUUCUACCGGAAGGAGUACGUAGAACCCGAGCUGCACAUCAAUGAUCUCUGGAGGGUCUGGCAGUGGGACGAGAAGUGGACCCAGCUGAAGAUCCGCAAGCAGAACCUGACCCGCCUCUUUGAGAAGAUGCAGGCCUACCAGUACGAGCAGAUCUCUGCCGACCCAGACAAGCCCCUGGCGGACGGCAUCCGGGCCCUGGACACCACGGAUAUGGAGAGGCUGAAGGACGUGCAGUCCAUGGACGAGCUGAAGGACGUCUACAACCAUUUCCUGCUCUACUAUGGCCGAGACAUCCCCAAAAUGCAGAACGCCGCCAAAGCCAGCCGCAAGAAACACAAGCGGGUCCGGGAGGACGGCGAGGAGGAGGAAGGCGAGGGAGAGGAUGGAGAGGAGGACGAGCAGAAGGGGCCCGAGCUCAAGCAGGCCUCCCGCCGGGACAUGUACACCAUCUGCCAAACGGCAGGUCUAGAUGGCCUGGCCAAGAAGUUUGGGCUGACCCCCGAGCAGUUCGGAGAGAAUCUCCGGGACAGCUACCAGCGCCAUGAGACCGAGCAGUUUCCCGCAGAACCCCUGGAGCUGGCUAAGGAUUAUGUCUGCAGCCAGUUCCCCACCCCCGAGGCCGUGCUGGAAGGGGCCUGCUACAUGGUGGCCCUCCAGAUUGCCCGAGAGCCCCUGGUCCGGCAGGUGCUGCGCCAGACCUUCCAGGAGCGGGCUAAGAUCAACGUGGCCCCCACCAAGAAGGGCAAGAAGGACGUGGACGAGGCCCACUACGCCUAUUCCUUCAAGUACCUGAAGAACAAGCCGGUCAAGGAGCUGCGGGACGAGCAGUUCCUGAAGAUCUCGCUGGCCAAAGAGGAGAACCUGCUGACCAUUGACAUCUCCGUGGACAUGAAGGGCGUGGACGGCUACGGCAGCGACCAGAGCUACUUCGAGGAGAUCAAGGCCUUCUACUACCGGGACGAGUUCAGCCACCAGGUGCAGGAGUGGAACCGCCAGCGCACCCUGGCCAUCGAGCGGGCCCUGCGCCAGUUCCUCUACCCGCAGAUGGCCAAGGAGCUCAUGAACAAGCUCCUGCUGGAAGCCAAGGAGUGCGUCGUGAAGGCCUGUAGCCGGAAGCUGUACAACUGGCUGAAGGUGGCGCCUUAUCGGCCCGACCAGCAAGUGGAGGAAGACGAAGAUCUCAUGGAUGAGAACCAAGGGAAGGGCAUCCGGGUGCUGGGCAUCGCCUUCUCCUCAGCCAGGAACCACCCUGUCUUCUGCGCCCUGCUGAACGGGGAAGGCGAAGUCACCGAUUUCCUGCGCCUGCCGCAUUUCACCAAGAGGAGGAACGCCUGGCGGGAGGAAGAGAGGGAGAAGAAGGCUCAAGACAUUGAGACCCUGAAGAAAUUCCUGCUCAGCAAGAAACCCCACGUGGUGGUCAUUGCGGGAGAAAACAGGCCCUUUGUGGGGAUACACGUAGUGCGGCAGACCGAAUUCAGGGACUACCCGCCUGUCCUGCGCCAAGCUGUCUCCCUCGCUCGCCGCAUCCAGGACCCGCUGGUCGAGUUCGCCCAAGUCUGCAGCCCCGACGAGGAUAUUCUCUGCCUGAAGCUGCACCCCAUGCAGGACCACGUGGUGAAGGAAGAGCUCCUGGGCGCCCUCUACUGCGAAUUCAUCAACCGGGUGAACGAGGUGGGCGUGGACGUCAACCGGGCCAUCGCCCACCCGCACAGCCAGGCCCUCCUGCAGUACAUCUGCGGCCUGGGAGCCCGCAAGGGCACCCACUUGCUGAAGAUCCUGAAGCAGAACAACACGCGGCUGGAGAACCGGACCCAGCUGGUCACCAUGUGCCACAUGGGGCCCAAAGUCUUCAUCAACUGCGCCGGCUUCAUCAAGAUCGACACGGCCUCGCUGGGAGACAGCACGGAUUCUUACAUCGAGGUCCUGGACGGCUCCCGGGUCCACCCAGAAACCUACGAGUGGGCGCGGAAGAUGGCGGUCGAUGCUCUGGAGUACGACGAGUCGGCCGAAGACGCCAAUCCUGCCGGGGCCCUAGAGGAGAUCCUGGAAAACCCGGAACGGCUGAAGGACCUGGACCUCGACGCCUUCGCAGAGGAGCUGGAGAGACAGGGCUACGGUGACAAGCACAUCACCCUGUACGACAUCCGAGCGGAGCUGAGCUGCCGCUACAAGGACCUCAGGAGCCCCUAUCGCUCCCCCAAUUCUGAGGAGGUCUUCAACAUGUUGACCAAGGAGACCCCCGAAACCUUCUACAUCGGUAAACUGAUCAUCUGCAACGUGACGGGAAUCGCCCAUCGACGCCCGCAAGGAGAGAGCUACGACCAGGCCAUCCGGAACGACGAGACGGGGCUCUGGCAGUGCCCCUUCUGCCAGCAGGACAACUUCCCCGAGCUGAGCGAGGUGUGGAACCAUUUUGACAGCGGCUCCUGCCCCGGUCAGGCCAUUGGGGUCAAAACCCGCCUGGACAACGGUGUCACCGGUUUCAUCCCCACCAAAUUCCUCAGCGACAAAGUGGUCAAACGGCCGGAGGAAAGAGUCAAGGUGGGGAUGACCGUCCACUGCAGGAUCAUGAAGAUCGACAUUGAGAAGUUCAGCGCCGACCUGACCUGCAGAACCUCGGACCUCAUGGACAGGAGCAACGAGUGGAAGCUGCCCAAGGACGCCCACUACGACUUUGCAAAUGAGGCCGCGGACCACAAGCAGGACGAAGAGCUCAAGAGGAAGCAGCAACGGACCACGUACAUCAAGCGGGUGAUCGCCCACCCCUCCUUCCACAACAUCAACUUCAAGCAGGCCGAGAAGAUGAUGGAGAGCAUGGACCAAGGCGACGUCAUCAUCCGGCCCAGCAGCAAAGGGGAGAAUCACCUGACGGUCACCUGGAAGGUCUGCGACAACAUCUACCAGCACGUGGACGUGCGGGAGGAGGGCAAGGAGAACGCCUUCAGCCUGGGCUCCACCCUCUGGAUCAACACCGAAGAGUUUGAGGACCUGGACGAGAUCGUGGCCCGCUACGUCCAACCCAUGGCCUCCUUCGCCCGGGAUUUGCUCAGCCAUAAAUACUACCAAGAUUGCAGCGGAGGAGACCGGAAGAAACUGGAGGAGCUGCUGGUGAAAACCAAGAAGGAGAAGCCCACUUUCAUCCCCUACUUCAUCUGCGCCUGCAAGGACCUUCCGGGGAAGUUCCUCCUGGGCUACCAGCCGCGAGGGAAGCCAAGAAUCGAGUAUGUGACGGUGACGCCGGAGGGAUUCCGCUAUCGCAACCACGUCUUCCCCACCGUCAACGGCCUUUUCCGGUGGUUCAAGGAUCACUACCAGGACCCUGUGCCAGGUAAGGCCCAGGUGCACUCGACUGCCCCCACCAGCCAGGCUCCUCCACGCAAAGGCUGGCCCGAGGUUGGACGGCCCCGCCAACGGAAGGUCCCACCCAUAGGAGGCAGCUGGAGGGACCCAUGCGCCCCCCCCACUCCUCCUCCUCCUCCUCAUCGCCGUUUCCCCCGCAGGUCCACGUCCCACGCGGCCAUCGACUGGGGCAAGAUGGCCGAGCAGUGGCUGCAGGAGAAGGAGGCCGAGCGCCGGAAGCAGAAGCAGCGGCUGACCCCUCGCCCCUCGCCCAGCCCCAUGAUCGAGAGCACGCCCAUGUCCGUGGCCGGCGACGCCACCCCGCUCCUGGACGAGAUGGACCGGUAGUCGCCCCGCCAGGAGCAGCGCCGCGACGCCGGGGGCUCCGACCCCCCGCUCCUUCCUCUUGCUCAGCCACCUCACUCCGUCGUCUUUCCUUCGCCUCGCCCCCCUCCGCCUGGUGGG